UGCCCACAGGAACGUUGGCCUCUGCUGCUGGGUCACACAAAUUAACAGUUUCACCGACUUCCAAGUGCCACAGAUGGCUCCUCUGAACCGAGCAGAGGCAUUAAAUGAUGAGUUCAUUUAAUGCAAACUGGAAAAAAUUCUAAAGCUGUAUGAAAAAAAGUGGCUCAGGCGAACUUUUAAGCAGGCGCCGUAUCUGGACACGUUCCAGCUGGUGAGAGGGCAAAAGAAGUAACUGAGAGGUUUGUUUUCUCUGUCUGAAAUGGACCCGGAACACGGAGGUUCUGGGGAUCAGCUCCUCCAUCUGGACAUUACCGUUGACGAGCGUGAACCCCGGAGAGGAAUCUUGGACCUUCUGAGCAAACUCCGUCCUGAGUGGAAGACGCCGCACAUUCAGAUGAAGACAUUUACAGAAGGCAUUACCAACCAGCUGAUUGGCUGCUACGUGGGCUCUCUCCAGGAGCCCGGAUGUGUUCUGGUGCGACUUUACGGCAGAAUGACGGAGCUCUAUGUGAAUCGCGAUCGAGAGGUGGAGAUGUUCCAGGUCUUCCAAGCGCAUGGCUGCGGGCCCGAGAUCUACUGCAGCUUCCAGAACGGCAUCUGUUACGAGUUUGUCCGAGGAAAUGUGCUGGAGGACGAGCUGCUGCGACAGCCGUCCAUCUACAGAUUGAUUGCAGCCGAGAUGGGAAAAAUCCACUCGAUCCAGCUAAAACGUGGCCAGCCGACAGAGCCUCAGCUCUGGACGAAGAUGUCUCAUUUUCUGACUCUGGUGAAGAGCAGCAUCACCAGGAAUCCAGCUGAGCAGGCGUGCACUAAAAGAACAUGUGAUGUAUCUGGCUGUAGCUCUUUACCUCUUCGAGAGGUGCCGAGCUAUGAAGUUCUUUUGGAGGAGAUGGAGUCGCUGAAGAGACACCUCUCCCAGACGGACUCGCCCACCGUCCUUUGCCACAACGACCUUCUCACAAAAAACAUCAUCUACAACUGUCAAGAAGGGUCGGUGAAAUUCAUCGACUACGAGUACGCUGACUACAACUACCAGGCUUUCGACAUCGGGAACCACUUCAAUGAGUUUGCUGGUGUGACUGACGUCGACUACAGCCUGUACCCGAGCCGGGAGCUGCAGAGGGACUGGCUGACCGCCUACCUGGAGAGCUACAAACGCAGCACUGGCCGCAACGUCACAGUUUCCGACGAAGAAGUCACGAAGCUCUACGUUCAAGUCUGCAAAUUCUCUCUUUUUAUAGUUCUGGGCAAAUUCACACAAAGAAGAGGAGGAGGGGAAAAAAACACUCACAUUAUGAGAUUAGUGCUCUCGUUUCAGCAGCAUCCAGAUGUGCGCAGACCUCCGAGAUGACAGAGUGGGCAUCACCUCACCGCCGCGUUCUGAUAAUUUACUUUUCCAGCAACAACCCUCCCGUUUUUGUCCCCCCCGUUUCCCUUCCCCCAAAACCCCCUAAAAGCAAAA